CUUCACUCCAGCCCUCAGCCCACCCGGCCUCCGCCGGCCAGGCCCGGGGCGGGGACAGAGGGAGGCAGGCGGGGCGACCCCUGGUCCCGAAGCCGCUGAUUGGCGCCGCGGCGUGGUCUGAGGAGGCCGGCAGGGUUGGGCGGCGCUAGCGCAGCGUCCCCUCGCCUGACCCCCCGCGCGCAGCAGCCCCGGUGUCCGCGGCAGCCGCGCGGCCCCUUGCGAGUCCCUGGCAGCCCGCCCGGCGCGCUCCGCGGCAGCCUCCGCUCAGAAUGAAGAUGUGGCUCUUUAUAAUUGUGGCAUGUUUGAUCCAAGGAAUUGUAAGUUCAGAAGCAUUUGUCAGAAGAAGAAGAAAUGUGGAUCCUGAAACAUCUAUGAAUAUUAGUGAAAUUGUUACUUACAGAGGCUACCCUAGUGAGGAGCAUGAAGUGGUGACUGAAGAUGGAUAUAUCCUUAGCAUUAACAGAAUUCCUCACGGGAAGAAAAGCCAUGGGAGGAAGAAGGGUCCCAAGCCUGCUGUUUUUCUGCAGCAUGGUUUUCUUGCAGAUGGUAGUAACUGGAUCACAAAUUUGGACAACAACAGCCUGGGCUUUAUGCUGGCAGAUGCUGGCUAUGAUGUUUGGAUGGGAAACAGCAGGGGGAACACUUGGUCCAGAAAGCAUAAACACUAUACAGUGAAGCAAGAGGAAUUCUGGGUUUUCAGUUUUGAUGAAAUGGCUAAAUACGACCUUCCUGCCACUAUAAACUUUAUUGUGAAUAAAACUGGACAGGAGAAAAUCUAUUACAUUGGCCACUCACAGGGUACCACUAUAGCUUUCAUUGCAUUUUCAACUAUGCCAGAGCUGGCUAAGAAAAUAAAAAUGUUUUUUGCAUUGGCACCUGUGGCCACAAUCAAGUUCUCCACUAGCCCUCUGACAAAACUUGGAGUGCUUCCAGAGCUGCUGCUAAAGGAUAUGUUUGGAAAGAAGCAAUUCCUUCCCCAGAGUUCAUUGCUGAAAUGGCUUGCCACUCAUGUUUGUACCCACAGAUUACUGGAUGACCUUUGUGGCAAUUUCUUCUUUCUUAUAUGUGGUUUUGAUGAGAAAAACUUAAACAUGAGCCGAGUCGACGUGUAUUCAACACACUGCCCAGCUGGGACAUCUGUACAAAACAUGAUCCAUUGGAGCCAGGCCGUUAAAUCUGGGGAACUCAAAGCUUAUGACUGGGGAAGCAAGGCUGCAAAUUUGGUUCACUAUAACCAGGUAGUGUCCACAUUAUCGUUUGCAGCGGAAGUCAUAUUAUAGGCAUCCAUAAAGAGUGUCCUUAUACGUCCAUCAGUGACGUCUUGCCAUGUUUGAUGCUUUAGGUGAGUUUCCUCUACAAAGAAUUUCUGAUGUUGCAAGAAACUUUUUCCACUGGAAAUGGAAGAUUGUUUUUCAUAUACUACUUGUAUAAUAUUAGGACAUUUGAGGGUUGGGGGUAUAAAACAACUUGGAACAACAUAAAAAUGCAUCAGUAUGGGAGCAAAGGGAACACGGUAUUCCUUCUAUUGAGGACUUGAAGACAGUAGAAAGUUGUGCCAUUUCAGCUAUACUAGUAUAGUUGAAGUGGUGCAACCCCUCCUAAUGUGGUUGUAGUAAUAUCUGUAUAAAGGUGAUUCCUGUAUGGCCGGAGAAUAACUCAACCGGGAUAAGUGCAUCCACAUUAGGGUUUGUAUCAGUGUACCUGUUUUAGUAAAAGUCAACUCCUCCCCCCUCCCACAACUGAAAUAGUCAUACUGGUAAAACUUUUAAGUGUAGACCAAGUCUGAGUUAGGCUUAUAGUCUAAUGAGAUGAUCAGGAUCAAGAAAGCAAGAGACUAGAGACAUCAACCAAUAGACACACAGGCCUACAUUUAAAAAAAAAUAGACAUGCAACAUGAAGCAUAUGCAUAAGUCCAGUAUUUGGAGACUCCAAUGUGUGUGCCCACAUCAAGUGUUUUGUGUAUACAAAAGGAUGUGUUUUGUCCACACACUUUAAAACAUCUGGACCAAAAAGCAUCUGAUUAAAAUUGUGGGCUAGAGCUUUCAACGAAGCUGUCUGCAAGAUGAAUUUGGAUUUAUCGUCUUCUCCUGGUCCUCUGAAGGCAUGUAGGAGUAUUUAAAAAAAAACAAAACACAGGAAUAAAAGAGGUAUGUCCUAUACUCAGCACCUUGCAAAACAUAAAUACUUAUCUGAUAUUAAAGCUGUUAGUUUCAGCCAUAGACAGCACAAGCAAUUUUGCCAUUACUGAAUUGAAGAACUAAGUAAAUUGAAGGACUAAGUAAAUCUUGGAUUGUGAUCAAAGUUACAUUGAUGUGUGGGUUUGUUUGGUUUUUUUUUAAUUAGUUAUUGGGACUAAGUUAAACUUUGAGGAAACAACAAUUUAUUUUGCUGGCAGCUUUGAGUCCCAGGAGCUCAUGAAAAUUCAUCUGAAUUAGAAACUACUUUUAAUGUUUUAUUAUUCACUGAUAACAGCAUAAAGCAAAUCUUUACUUCCAAAAUAGCCAUUAUAACUAAGUCUCUUUGAUACAAGCUUUUAGCUUAAAACCAUUUAAUUUUAUGUCAUUGAUAAAGCCAGUUGAAAUCUGAUUUUGGCCACAAGGUGGUGCAGAUGCACUCAUAAAUAAUACUCUGCAUCUAGUUCUUGUUAUCUCAAAGGGGCUUUCUGAAAACCUCAGAACAAACCCAUCAGCUAUUAGCACAUGCUGUUUUUACAAACCUCAACCACAGGGAUUAUACAGCUUGUUUCACACAGCUUCUUGGAGGUGAGUCUUUAUGUAAGGACCCCACUUAUCUUUCCUUUUUGCAUCAUGCUUAGUGGCUUGUUCUAAAAUAAAAGACAGGGAAGCCUUUCCCCUCCUUUGUUGUAGUAUCUGUAGCUUAGGCAAGCCUUGAAUGACUCUCCUCUCCUGCUGCUGUCCUACAGAGCUUGCCUACCCUGCUCCCCAACUCCCUUUUCCGGUAAGGGGCUUAAUGUGCAUUGGGACCUGCCCUCUGAUGUAUCCCCAUAACUGAGGACAGUAGGAUGGAUUUUGACCCACCCUGCUUUGAGCGCUGCUCUUGGGUCCCUAUCAAAAUAUUCUGGGGGGAAAAAAAUCAAAUACAGAAUUUUCUUCAUUGUUAACAUUUUGUUCUUGAUGGCGGAUCUUUCAGGGUCUGAAUUUCCCUCAUCAAGCUGUUAGGGUUGUGCAGAGGAGCUCCACAUUGUGAGCCUCACCGCUGGCAGCUGGGACUGGGAUAGAGUUUUGGAGUCAUGCACUUGUGGGCAUUCUGUGGGUAUUCAUCUGCAGGGCCUCAUUCCAAUAUAUGGGUUUUUCUACCUAAUCUUUAUAGCAAGACCCUUUGAUUUUUGUGAGGUAGCAAUUUGCAAUCCUGUAGCAUAUGGAAGCUUUGGCAGCAUCAUGAACUGAGUGAAGAAAGCUAGGUGUAUAAUGACGAGUUAAAUACAGAGAGGGUAUGAAAGUAUUUAUUUCAAUAGUCUGCUCAGUAACUGAAAUGUUUUUUCAGUUUGCUUUACAUGGACACCGAAACCUCGGGGCUUGUCCACAUGUUGCGUUAGUCUGCACCAGAGGGGUGUAAAUUCUAGUGUGCACUAAUGUGUUGUGUGCUAACUGGCCCAUGUGGACCCUGCUGGUGUGCACUAAAAGUUCCCUAGUGUGCGUUAAUGUUGUACUAUUUAAUGUGGACUGACAAAAACACCUCAGUUUGAUGUGAGAUGAUGUAUUUAAAUAAAAUAAAAUAACCAAGGGCCCAAUUUUGCACCCAGCCUAAGUCAAUGUCACUUACUUCAGUGGUUCCAGGAUCACAACCUGAAUAUGUGCUGUGAACUAGACAGAUGUGGGCCAAAGGCAGAAAUUCAGCUCCACAGCUUGAUGCUGUUCUGAUUUGGGGGGUUGAUUGUGUCCAUUAUGGAGAUUAGGAGUGAGUAGCCUAAGCCAGACUCACCACUUUGUGCACUUUUUAAACAUCCCCACAUGGGACAAAUUGAGAAGAUAAUUGAUUGAGCACAAGGUGAUUAACCAGUUAAAAUGAUUCAGUUUGUCAGCAGAGGACAGUGAAAAGAGAAGGGGGUGUGGUAGGCAAGGCUGGAAGGAAAGGCCAUGGAAACCAAGCCCUGUGUCUAGGCAGAAGGUAAAAGCCUUAUGUUGAUAGGGACAAGGACUUAUAUAGCAUAUGGUAAAUAAAGCUCAUGGUGGUGUCCUUGGCAGGGGAGUGUGUAAGGAUUGUUUAUAGAGAAGGAUCCAAGGUGAGGGAACCCUGCCCUAUAACGGCUGUUUGCAAAAUAUGUGUGGACCUGGGAUCCAAUUUCUACCCUUCUCAUCUCAAAAGAGUUUGGGGCUCAUAUGUGGGGUUUAAAUUCAGGUAAAUCUUUUAGUAUGAAUUAUAGGAAAAAUACAACACUUUGACCUGAUUAAUGUGUAGCUACGGAUGUUGAGGCAGAGCUACCAUUGCUUUGAUUUACAAAAUGGUAUAAUGACAGUUCUUUAAAAUGUACGGGGUGAAGCAGCACAGAAAAUCCUAUUCCAACCUUUUCUCCUGUUUCUAGUGUUCAGGGAUAUCAUACUAGUUUGUUUCUACUUGCCAGUCAUAUAAUACAGUGAGGUUUUUUAGCAUAUUAAUGAUUGCCUUGCCCUGUAACUAGUCAUCAAUUUACAAAAUUAGUCUCCAGUAUAGAUGGGCUAAUGAUACAGAUCUACCUGCUCUGACACUGUAGUGCACUUUGUUGCUUCUGGAUGGAGAAAGAGAUUUCAUUCUGGAGUGCUUGUGACCACGUUUGGUGUGAUGUCACUAAAUGGGUGGGGUAAAGUCUUACAAAAGCAGUACAACCACAGCAGUCUCAGCCAGCAUCAACAUGAACUGCAGCGUGCUUCACAGAGUGCUGCUCAGCUACGGAAUGGAAAAGAGGCUAGACCCCGUCGCUCUGCAGCCUUUCUGGGACUUUGUCAAAGCAAAGGAGCCACUGAUCAAGUCACCUUACUUUCCAGUGCUGUUUUCAUUUACAGCUUACAUGACUUUCUGUCUUCCUUACAUUGCACUGGACUUCUUAAGCACUAAAGUACCAGCCGUGAAAAAAUACAAAAUCCAGCCUCUGAGUUAUCCAACUCUGGGAAUGAUGGUACCUUGUAUGGUUCAAUGUGUCUAUCAUCACAUUGUCUUUAUCUUCCCAGUGACAGUUGCUCAUUGGUACUGGAGACCAGUGGAUUUACCAGCAAUAGCUCCAGAGCUGCUGAGGGUCCUGCUGGAUGUAACUGUUUGCCUGCUUCUCUUUGAUUUCCAGUAUUUUCUGUGGCAUUUGCUUCAUCAUAAGGUGCCUUGGCUCUACAAGACUUUUCACAAGGUUCAUCAUAAGCAUGUAUCUACGUUUGCUCUUACCACACAGUACUCAAGUGUUUGGGAGUUACUUUCACUGGGAUUUUUUGCUGCCAUAAAUCCAGUGUUGCUGAAGUGCCAUCCUUUGACAGAAAUGAUUUUCUUCCUUGUUAAUAUCUGGCUGUCAGUGGAGGAUCAUUCAGGCUAUGAACUUCCAUGGUCAACAAACAGACUGAUACCAUUUGGCCUGUAUGGAGGAGCUCCGCAUCACGAUCUCCAUCACCUGAAGUUCAGAUGUAACUAUGCUCCUUACUUCACCCACUGGGAUAGACUAUUUGGAUCACUUGCUCACGCACAUUCACAACAAUAACAGGGAAUUCGUCUGUUACCUAGCUAAUUUUGUACAGCUAAUAAAUUAAGAGUAUAAUUUUUUCUGAGUCACAGAUAUAAAAUGUGAAAUCAUUUAUAACAAAUCUAGUUUAAUGUUUGUAUAUAUAUUUAAAGAAUUGCAUAUGUAAGGUCUGUUACUAUGUGUUUGGAAACAAUGUCACACUAUAAGGAAAGCAUUAAGAAACACUCACUGUUUUUCUUUUUUCCUUUGAAUAUGCCAGCUUUUAUAAAGCAUAUUGUGUUACUGUGUUAUACAUACAGAGACAAAUAUUUUCUUACUGUUAUAGGAUGACUUGUGAUAUAUGAAUAGAACCAAUGCACAUAGUGUGCAUUAAGAAUUCCAAGAAAAUAUCUUAUUUAAAAAAGGUUGCUGCUGGAUGGCAUUAAAUGUCUAAUCUGAUUCUGUUUGUUCUUUGCAAUAAUUUGGAUCUUUAUAUUGCAUACCCAAGUAUACUCUCUAUUUUUUUUAAGUGGAAAAUAAAUCUUUAUAUUUGUUUAAAA